AUGAGCAAGAACACCUUCAGGGACGGCAUCUUCGAUGGCAAGGUGCUCUUCAUCACCGGCGGACGUACCGGCAUCGGAUACGACAUUGCGAAGAACAUGAUGCAGCUCGGCGCCAACGCCGUUAUUGUCGGUCGCGACGCCGAGGGACUCGCCAAGUCUGCCGCCAACCUCGAGCGUGAGGCUGGUAACGGCAAGAAGUGCAUCGCCGCUGCCGCCGACGUCCGUGACAAGAACCAGGUCCGCGCUGCCGUCUCCAAGACGCUCGAGGCGUUCGGCAAGAUCGACUUUGUCGUCUGCGCGGCCGCGGGCAACUUCCUCGUGCCCAUCGACGGCCUGUCCGAGAACGGCUUCAAGACCGUGAUCGACAUCGACCUGCUCGGCACCUACAACACGAUCAAGGCGACCCUGCACCCUCUGCGCGAGACGCAGGGCGCCUACAUCCACAUCUCGGCCACGCUGCACUACCGCGGUACGCCUUACCAGCCGCACGUCUCGGCGGCCAAGGCGGGCAUCGACGCGCUCUCCAACGUUCUCGCCGUCGAGGAGGGCCCGCGUGGCAUCCGCUCGAACGUCAUCGCCCCCGGCCCCAUUGGCGAGACGGAGGGCAUGAAGCGCCUCGGCACCAAGGGAUACGACCCCCGCAGCGUCAUCCCCCUCGGCCGCCAGGGAUACAAGCAGGAGAUCUCGGAUGCUGCCGUUUUCCUCUUCUCCGACGCUGGCAAGUACAUUACGGGCCAGACGCUCGUUGUCGACGGAGGACACCGCCACCUCACCCACGCCUCGCUCCCUUACCCCAUGAUGGUCCUCGAGCCCGAGAAGGUCAAGGAGAUGUUCCAGGGCAAGCUCUAA